UCAAGGGGUCAAAUCGGUUUGCCUCGGUUAAUCAGAAAUACAUUCCGGAGCAAGCAGCAAGGCAGCAUAGAUCACUUCCAAGUUUCAAGACCUCUGAUCUAUUCCUCCGAGCUUUCAAUUCCAUGGAGGCGAAUCCCGGCACGAACAUUGAGGAGCUUAUUCAACGGCUGAGGCUCCACCAGCCGCCUCCCUCCCCUUACUCUGGUGAUCCCUCCGUAGCGGCGACCCCCGGCGCCGCCGAGCUGUUUCAGCCUCGGAGAGCCGCCGUGUUGGUCUGCCUCUUCCAGGACGCUGCCGGCGAGCUCCGAGUCCUCCUCACCAAGCGCGCCUCGUCCCUCUCCACCCACUCUGGGGAGAUUGCAUUGCCAGGAGGAAAGGCAGAGGAGGGUGAUGCUGAUGAUGCAGCAACAGCAUUAAGAGAGGCGAAGGAGGAGAUUGGACUUGAUUCAGCUCUGGUCACUGUCGUUUCCUCGCUUGAGCACUUCUUGUCCAAGCAUCUUCUGGUAGUUGUUCCUAUUGUUGGCAUACUGUCAGAUAUACAUGCAUUCAAACCAGUCCUUAAUGUUGAUGAGGUGGACGACAUUUUUGAUGUGCCCCUAGAGAUGUUCCUCAAGGAUGAGGGCAGGAGAUCUGAGGAGCGAGAAUGGAUGGGACAGGCAUUCACACUUCAUCACUUCGAUUAUGAGAAAGGGAACAAGAAGUAUGUAAUUUGGGGUUUGACUGCCGGCAUCUUGAUCCAUGCUGCGUCAGUUGUAUACCAGCGGCCACCAGACUUUGCUGAACGAAGGGUACAGUUCAACUUGCCAAAGUACUCAAAGGAGUAUUCUUCAAUGCCAUGAUCAGGAUUAAGAUGCACACUCAGUUACAUUUAAAAUGCCUGGUUUGGCGUACAGAGGACUACACAGCAAGAAAUUCUGUAGAAUCUAAAGGGCUUGCACAUCUCCUGUAUAAUUUAUUCUUUACACAAUAAUACAGUAUGAACAUUAACAUUCCAAAAAUUGUUGAUGUUUUCCUGAGUGCACUCCAGUAUUGCCUAUUAUUUUGCA